UCGAUAAAAGUUCGAUUAUCGAUUAAAUACUUUCGAUAUUCUAGUAUUGCUCGUUUCAAGUAAUCAGUGAAGUUAAUCAGUAACGCGUGUUCUGCAAAUAAACACAAGUUGAGUAUUAUUUCUUAGCAUUUCUAAUGAUUAUUGAAUCCUUUGGAAAUAACAAGAUGGAAGAUGAAUCUAUUCAACCAGGGGCGAGUCAAGCUGAUUUCAUUAAAGGAGGAUUAAACUUUGAUAUAAACCCAAAUGAACCAAUGACAAAAGCAGCUUUAAAUGAACAUCCACCUGAAGAGUGGAUAGAUAUCUUAGGAAAUGGGCAGCUUAGAAAGAAAGUUAUAAAAAGUGGGAAAAAUGGAACACGGCCAAAUAGAUCUGAUAUUUGUACUUUAAAAAUUAUUGGUAAAUUAAAAGAUGGUACGACGGUUGAAGAAUAUGAAGACCUCGAAAUUCAAUUAGGUGAUGUUGAAGUGAUUCAGGGAUUAGAUUUAGCAAUUGCAUUAAUGGAUGUAAAUGAAGUUGCUGAAAUUGAGAUUGAUCCAAGGUUUGCUUAUGGUUCUCUAGGAAAAGAACCAAAUAUACCACCAAAUGCCACUAUUUUAUAUACAGUUGAAUUGAAGUCCAGUGAAUUAGAAGAAGAAACAGAAACACUCAAUGUCAAUCAGCGAAAAGAAAUUGGCAAUAAAAAACGGGAACGGGGCAAUUGGUGGUUUACUCGUAAUGAACCAACACUUGCGAUUCAGUGUUAUCGGAGAGCAUUAGAAUUUUUGUUACCAACAGAAAGUCGUACAUCUUACCAAAAUGAAGUGGAAGAUACUACUACUGAUGCAGAAUUACAGGCUUUACUGGAGGAUCGUAUGAAAGUAUAUAAUAACCUAGCAGCUGCACAAAUGAAAACACAAGCUUAUGAUGCAGCAUUGAAAAGUGUAGAAAGUGUUCUAAGUUGCCAACCUCAAAAUGUAAAAGCACUCUUUAGGAAAGGAAAAAUUUUGCAUUAUAAAGGAGAACAUGCAUUAGCAUAUCAAACAUUGCUUCAAGCAGCAAAAUUGGAGCCAGAAACAAAGGCUAUUCAGUCGGAAUUAGCCAUUUUAAAAGAGAAGAAUGCUAAGGAUGCUCAGCAUGAAAAAAAUCUGUAUCGUAAAAUGUUAGGAGCACAUAAAAAUGACAAUAAUUCUCAAAAAAGUACAAAAGAACAAAAAAGUAAAAAUUCAUCAAAGCUUACAUGGAGUUUAAUUGGUGGAGCAACUGCAGCAAUCUUAAGCGUAUUUUUAUAUAGAUUUGUUUCGUGAAAAAAAUUUAGGAAAAAAUUUAAAUGAAACACAUUGUCUAAGCUAAAUAAGUAUAAAUAUAUAUAAUUAAGUACCA